AUGUGCAUAUGUAAAAACUGUGUCUUCAAUACCACAGACACAGAAGGGUCUUGUCAUAUCAGAUGUAUCAAUACAACCACAGUGUGUAAAAACUCUGCCUAUGAUAAAAAAGAAUGCACUCCAAAUCUCCAGAAUGAAUACAUAAUCAACAUAAACUCAACAACCACCAACUGUAUAAACUGUAACAAUCCAGUGAAAAAGCCUGAGGAGACAAAAGUACUUAAUACAACACUUUCUGAAAAAGGAGGAGAAAUUAUUGCUGCAAAUGCCGCUAAACUAAUGAAUGACAUGAGAAACUUGGCGGACAAAAUAAAUGGAUCUUCAGCUGAAAUAUCUGUAGGAGAAGGAGUCAAAGGAGUUUUGGUGAAAGAAACACAUAAAGACGAAGUAGCAGAAGUAUUAUUUGCUUAUCAGUCUCCAAAUGACAGCAUAAAUAUUAUAGACAACACAGAAACUUUGAAAACAUUUUCAAGAGCCGUUACGCUGCCAAAAGAAGCUUUUAAUAAAGCUAUUGCUCAAAACAUCAGUAUCCCAUUUGCAGCUCUUUUCCGAUUUAUUAAUAUGGCUAAGGAUGAGAAGAACAGUACUGUUUUAGGGAAUGAAGUUUUAGCCAUUGAAAUGGGAGCUGCUAUCGCCAACCUCACAGACAAAAUAAACAUUGUUUUUACGAAUAUGACAUAUAGAGGGAUACCGUCUUGUCAUUCAUGGAAUGGUCAAGGAAGUCAACCAAACUGGACGAGUGAUGGCUGUGUGACAAAAAUAACUAAACAUGGCAUUACGUGUCAGUGUUCACAUUUGACAUUCUUUGCUAUCUUGAUGACUCCUCUUAAUGAAACCAUUUCAGCUUCUGAUUUUCAAAACCUCACAAUCAUCACCCAAGUUGGCUGUGGACUCUCCAUGUUCUUCCUCGCCAUAGUCCUCUUCAUGCACUUCCUUUCAAGGCGAAUCAAGGCCACUAAUGCCACAAAGAUCCUCAUCAACCUGGUGUGUGCCUUGUUCCUGCUUAACCUCACUUUCCUGGUCAAUAACUAUGUGGCGAACCUGAACAACAGUGUGGGCUGUAAGAUCAUGGCGGCCCUAAUGCACUAUUUUAUGCUGGCCACUUUCACCUGGUUUGCUGCGCAGGCCUUCCACCUGUGUCUGAGCCUGUAUACAGGAGGGAAAAUCGCAAUCCAUCGCUACAUACUGAAAAUCGUCAUUACCAGCUGGAUACUGCCUUCAGUUAUUGGGAUUGUCCUGCUCUGCAUUGGGAAAUAUGGUGAACAAGUCAUCAGCUACCAAAACACUGGAAACGCUGCAGAUAGAGUGAUGAUGUGUUGGAUAACAGACAACAGUGUCCACUUAAUCAUCAACAUAGGCUACUAUGCUUUGGUCUUCCUCUUCACUUUUACCACCUUCAUCAUCAUGAUGUCCUGGCUCUGUUGUCUCAGGAAUGUCAAAGGAGCCAAAGCAAAAGGGGAGCAAAGUAGCAUAAACAUCUUAAGCAUCAUGGGCCUGUGUUUCAUGCUGGGCAUUACAUGGGGCUUUGCUUUCUUUGCCUAUGGUGUCUUCCAGGUCCCCGCGCUCUACCUUUUCACCAUCCUCAAUUCUUUCCAAGGUUUUUUCCUGUUCGUCUACUACUACAAAACCUCCCGCAUGUUACCUCCAGCCUCUGAUGAGAAGUCAAGCAGCGUCAGUAACAUCACUGAUAAAACCAGUCUAAGCAGCUUUACAAACCCCUACUCGAACUGGCUGAGCUGA